AUGUCAGAUUCCUCGUUUGAUAUCACGAGAACUUAUUUGAAGUUCCUAGAAGAUGACCAGGAUAUGACGAUGCCUAUUGCGGCUAUUGAAUCGCUAGUCACCAUGUUGCGAGUGAAGCAACCGACAACUUCAAGUGAGUUGAUCAAAUCGGUGAAGAUGAAUAUUGAGACUUUGAAACUGUCAAUUUCUAACGCAAUAUCCCUUUCGGCUGGUUGUGAUCUAUUUAUGAGAUUUGUUUUGAGAAACACCAACUUAUAUUCUGAUUGGGAAUCUUGCAAGAAAAAUUUGGUGGAAAAUGGAGAAUUAUUUGUGCAGCGGGCAAAGGAAUCGAGAUCCAAGUCGGCAGAGUUUGGCUUACCCUUCAUAAAGGACGAUGACACAAUUUUAGUUCAUUCAUUCUCGCGUGUUGUCUACCAGCUCUUGGUGAAGGCCAGGACUGAACGAUUAUUGAGGUUCAAGGUUCUUGUCACCGAAGCAAGACCAUCCGAGAAAGGGUAUCACAUGGCCAAACUUCUUCAAGAGGCGGACAUCCCAGUGGAGGUUAUUGUUGAUAAUGCAGUAGGAUAUGAGCUCCAUAAGGUUGAUAAGAUCAUGGUAGGAGCAGAGGGAGUUGUUGAAAGUGGUGGGAUCAUCAAUCAUAUUGGGUCGUACCAAAUCGGCUGCUUGGCGAAGGCUAAUAAUAAACCGUUUUAUGUUGUAACGGAGUCGCAUAAAUUUGUCAGAUUGUUUCCUCUAGCUCCUAACGAUUUACCUCGAGAGAUUUCGAAGAUUGUCGAACGACAGGAUUUACAUGCGGAGAAAGAUUCAACAUUUCUUAGGAGUCAGUCAGUUGAUUUUACACCUCAUGAAUUCAUAACUGCAUUGAUCACUGACUUGGGUGUAUUGACGCCUUCUGCAGUCUCAGAGGAGUUGAUCAAAAUGUGGUACGAUUAG